UGUGACCCACAGCGGUGAGCUGACGGCGGCGGAGAGAAUAACCAGCGGUCGGAAUUUCACAUGAACCGGUCGGUAGCCUCACCGGUGAGGUGUCAGCGGUAGAUGAAGAUUGAAAACUUGUCGUCUUGUACGGUGUGAAAGUUUAAAUUUAAUUUAGUGCGUGGGCCGAUAAUGCUAGACGGAAAACCCUGAUGAAGUUCACCCGAGAUAUCUGCCGACUGCUGGGCUUAGGAGGCGAUGGGCCCGGUGAGGAGGAGAUGGAGGUUCAAGAUGAAGCUCCUAGCCCAACAGACAGAAGAAAAGACCAAAGCCCAUCACAGGCGAUGCUGAACAGUGAGGAGGGUUUGGAUGAUGAGGAGAGAGCAAGAAGGAGAGCAGAGAGGAGGAGAGCAAAAAGGAAAAGGCAGAAAGAACGGAAGAAACUGGAGAGAGAGGAGAGGAUGGAGGAUGCUUCAGAGCAGGACGAAGGAGUGUCUGGAGUGUUGUCAGAGAGUGACAGUGAGGAGGAACUGAAAGAAAAUGAGGAAUGGAUCGCUGUUCGACCCAGAAAUAAAUGCAACCCUGAAUCACUCCCUGCCCUUGUGACUGAGUAUGAGAGCAACCACCAGCUGUCCCACAGGACCUCGGAAGAGGAGCCAGAGUGGGAUGUCAGCAGUGCAUUUGUGGCCAAAGCUGCCAGCCACAUCAAACUCAAAACCCUGAAGAACAGAGCAACGCAGGUCUCCAGAGAGAACAAGGAGAACGAGACCAGAAGCAGCCAGGUGGAGAGCACUGAAGAAAUGAAGAGGAGGGGGGAGUCUCUUACAGUGCAGGGCAUUCAGAUGUUCGGGCAAGGCCAGUACAGCCAGGCAGUGGACAUGUUCACAGAAGCCAUCUACUGUGACCCCAAUGACCACAGGUUCUACGGGAAUAGGUCUUAUUGUUAUUGGUGUCUGGAGCAGUACUCCUCUGCCCUCAGAGAUGCUCAGAGGUCCAUUCAGCUGGCUCCUGAUUGGCCAAAGGGAUACUUCCGUAAGGGGUGUGCUCUCAUGGGGUUAAAGCGGUACAGUGAGGCAGAGAAGGCCAUUGAGCAGGUGUUAAAGUUGGAUCAGCACUGUAAGGAAGCAUCCAGUAAACUUUUUACUUGCCGGGUCCUGCAGCUCAUGGAGUUGGGUUUUGAGGAAGAGCAAAGUAAACUGCUGCUGGAGAAGUUCACCACCGUUCAGGCAGUCGUCACCUCACCCGAGGCCAAAACACUGAAGCACACAUCUCCACAAGACCAGAGUGGGAGCUGCCGCUCUCUGUGGGUUGGGAACAUUACAUUGGAAGUUACAGAGAAAGACCUCUGGGAUCUCUUUAAAAUGUUUGGUGAGAUUGAGAGCAUCAAAGUUCUUCACGAGCGUUUCUGUGCCUUUGUCAACUUCAAGAAUGCCAACAUGGCUGCCAAAGCCCUGGAGAAGCUGCAGGGGGUGGAGCUGGGGAGCAACAAGCUGGUGAUGAGAUACCCAGACCGCUGGAUCCAGCGGACCGCGCCCCCCAUGCAAAGGACCAACACUAACCUCAGCAACAACACUGCAGGAACACAGCAGAGCUUAGCUGUCAUAGGGUCCAGACGGUGUGUACCAAUAGAUGGAGAUGUGUGCUUCUACUGGCAGACCACAGGCUGUUUCUAUGGUGACAAGUGCCGCUUCAAACACAUACCAGAUCAACAAGGUCGAGACAAGAAACCAUGAACACCCUAACUAUAUCCCCUACCCUCCCAAACCUAGCACCAAGGCACACCAAAGAAGGAUUACUAAGAGAGGAGGAACAAGAAGGACAGUGAGCAGAGUGGAGGACAGAGAACGAGAAGAUGGUCUGCCUGAGAAAACUGACAACUGAAUGUGUGUGAGAAAAAGAAAGAGAGUCAGAUGUGGUAUUUAUGUGAUAGCCAAAGUCAGGGGUUGCAACUCUGACAUGAUGAGGACUUUGGCAACGUCCAGAGCCCACCCUCAGAGAGGCGCUUAAAGAAUCAAUUAAUACGAUACCACAAACCCUCUAAUGCAAGAAGGUCUUCAAAGGAAUUUAAUUCAUUUGAAAUGUCACUGAAAACCCCCACAGAAGAACCCUUGAGAUCCCUGCUCUGUUGGAAGUAAGUUAUCAGUCAUCAAAAUGUUUUAUCUGGACAAAUACAUUUGGUUGAACCAUAUUGGAAACACUACCAAAACCCAGUUCUGUGACAAACUCUUUCACACCACUGUAGAAUUGCUUUAAAGACAAAAUGUAUUUUCAUGAAACAUUUGAAAUGUAUACUGUACAUAUUUGCACAAAACAAUAAACCAAUGAAACCCACAUAAAA